GGAAACAGUUUCAACGUCAAUCGUUAAUCGAAAUUUUUUUCCUUUAAUUGUAGUAUAGCAAAAAUACGUCAAUCAUAGAAAUGGUGUGAUUGUAGUUUUUGUUUUUUUCUGUCUAUCUGUAAUCUGUAUACAAUUUUCAUAUUACUUUAUAAAAUUUUCCACUAUUCUUAAUGUAAUCCAUGUCCUAACUAUUUCUUGAAAAUAACAAUCGAUCGGAUCAGAAAUCUAAAGAAAUAAUGUUUUCGCGUAAAAUUCAUUAGUUGUCCUUCCAACUCAUAUUUUUAAUUCAGUUUUACUCAACAAUAUAUGAAAAUGAAUUUCGACGACAGUGCGAGUAGUGGCUAUGCCACGGCCGAAACCAUAUACGGGACCCACGAAGAUAGUCAUGUUGUUAUGUCGGAGAAGGUUCAAUCUCUCGCGGGGAGUAUUUAUCAAGAGUUUGAGAAGAUGAUAGCUCGUUAUGACGAGGAUGUGGUGAAGACUUUGAUGCCACUAUUGGUGAAUGUGCUGGAGUGCCUGGACUCUGCAUACCAAACCAACCAAGAACAUGAAGUGGAACUAGAACUCCUUCGUGAAGACAACGAACAACUUGUCACGCAAUACGAACGAGAAAAAUCAGCCAGGAAACAUUCUGAGCAAAAGCUACUAGAAGCUGAAGAUCAUUAUGAAGGUGAAAGGAAAGAUUUGACAGGACGUCUUGAGGCUUUGGACAGCAUUGUUCGUAUGCUGGAGUUGAAGCAUAAAAAUUCCCUGGACCAUGCUAGUAGACUUGAAGAAAGAGAGAAUGAACUUAAAAAGGAAUAUGCAAAACUCCAUGAGCGCUACACUGAACUGUUCAAGACUCAUAUGGAUUAUAUGGAGCGGACUAAGUUACUGCUGAGUACGGCCGGAGACAGAAGUGAGGUCCGAGGCAGGUUGGGGCUCAACCCUGUGGCCAGGUCCAGUGGUCCUAUAUCAUUCGGGUUCGCGUCCUUAGAGGGCGCUGUUGCCGAGCAAACUGAGAGCAUCCCCGCCAGCCCUGACAGCUUGUCCUCCUCGCCACCAACACCACCACUCGGUUCCGAAUUAGCAGCGGUACGUACAGUGGAGCGAGCUCAUCAGACGGACCCUAUUACACAACAUAGUCAAGCAACGUCCCCGGUAACUCCUCAAGCACCAGCUGGUCGUUCGCAGACCAAGAGUGAAAAACGAAGCGGGAACACCCUGUAUCAAGAGCUAGCGUUCCACGACACAGACGGUGGUGUGGAGGGGGACGAUGGCGCGGACAUUACUGGCAGCUGGGUCCACCCAGGGGAAUACGCGUCCUCAGUUAACGAUAACUACUUUGGUAUGGGGAAGGAAGUUGAGAAUCUAAUUUUGGAGAAUAAUGAACUUCUGGCGACCAAGAACGCCCUGAAUGUGGUGAAGGAUGACCUCAUAGUGAAGGUGGACGAGCUUACCGGCGAGCAGGAGAUCCUGAGAGAGGAGGUGGCAGCCCUGAGCUCGGCGCGGGAGAGACUCAGGGAUAGGGUCUCGCACCUAGAAGAAGAACUCAGACAUCUCAAGGAGACGGUGAUAACCAGCGCGGGGAGCGGAGCGGGUGCGGAAGCGGAAGAGGAAGCGGACGUACCAAUGGCGCAACGUCGCAAAUUCACUCGUGUGGAGAUGGCAAGAGUUCUUAUGGAGAGGAACCAGUAUAAGGAGCGCUUCAUGGAGCUUCAAGACGCUGUACGUUGGACGGAGAUGGUGCGAGCGAGUAGGGCCGACUCAUCUAUGGAUAAGAAAAGCAAACAGAGCAUUUGGAAGUUUUUUAGUAAUCUCUUCAGUUCUCCGGAGCGACCCCAGCGUCCCCUAUCGACGCCACACCUGCCCGCGGUCGCCGCCCCUACCGCCUCCAUGAGACACUCACACACAGAGAACUUUCUAGAGACGCAACUAUCGGAUCACGGGCACGCACACACGCGCAGACACGAGCAUACCCGCACCGACCAGUUCCGACAGGUGCGUGCUCACGUUCGCAAAGAGGACGGUCGCACACAGGCGUACGGUUGGAGCCUGCCUUGUAAGAACUCACAGGCACAUAAAGGAACAUCACUAUCGCUCUCGUCAGGAGGUGUUCCUGUUCCGGUACCGGUUUUUUGCAGACCUAUAGCCGAGUCGGAGCCUCAGAUGACUCUACUGUGUGCGGCUGGUGUAGAGAGAUCAGUUCCGACCGGUCGAACGGACAGACAUUCAGAUGAUUAUGGAGAGGAUCUCAGUCUAGCUCACGAGAUGAACAAUGCCCAGUGUGACGAUGGAACAAGGAAGCUCUCCUCUCUCGUGUGGAUCUGUUCCAGCACACAGAACAAGUGUAUCGUUAUGAUAAUAGACGCAAAUAAUCCUGGCGAGGUGGUGGAGUCCUUCCCCGUGCCAGACAAGCACAUCUUGUGCGUGGCGUCGGUGCCUGGAGCAAGUACCGCGGAUUACCUCGAGGCGAAAGGAAGGGAGGCUGCUGUAACCAACGUUGUACAACCAGAGGAGAAUAAACGUCAUUCGCAAUCACUAUUCUGCGUGGGCAAGAGUGAUUCUACAGAGAGUCAGAGCAAUGGUACGGUGACAUCAAGCAGCAACGAGAACGGUGAUAAAGAGGUUAUUGUUGGGAGUACGAGACUGGUUGAGGCGAAGCUUCUAACACCGCCCAGUACUCCAGUGAAGGAGACUCCAAAGAAGGAGAGUGAAGUCAAGGAAGGGAACGCGGAAGUUGAUACUGAACCAGCUGACAGCCCGCCACUGUCAUCAACACCAGUCAAUGCGAACGAAGCUAGAAACUCUCCUGAGCCAGGUGUUGACGCGUUCGCCCAGCAGCAGAGCUGUGAUACAGCUGGAGCUAGUGCUGGAAGCGAAAUCAGCACCGCAAUGAAUACCAUGUGGCUGGGCACUAAGAGCGGCAACCUAUACGUGUACUCCUCCGUGAAGAAUUACAGCAAAUGUCUGGCUAUGGUGAAGUUAAACGAUGCUAUCCUGUCUAUCGUAUGGUGUUCGUCUCGCUGUGUGGCCGCUCUUGCUGACGGUACUGUGGCUGUGUUCGCGAGAAAGACGGAUUUAAUGUGGGACUUGACAAGCUACUGGCUACUCACAUUGGGGGAUCCGAAGUGUUCUGUGCGAUGUCUGAGCGCGGUUGGACCUCCCGCGUCUGGUACCGUCUGGUGCGGGUACCGUAACAGAGUGUUGGUGGUAGAGCCGCGCUCACGACGGGUACUACACUCACUGGAGGCGCAUCCGCGACACGAGAGCCAAGUGCGACAACUCGCGGCCUACAGGGACGGCGUGUGGGUAUCAAUUAAAAUGGAUUCAGCGUUACGUUUAUACCACGCCACUACAUACGAUCAUCUCAUGGAUGUGGACAUCGAGCCUUACGUCAGCAAGAUGCUGGGCACCGGCAAGCUUGGCUUCUCCCUAGUACGAAUCACAGUGCUGCUGAUUAGUUCCGGACGCCUGUGGAUCGGCACCAGCAACGGCGUAGUGAUCAGUGUGCCGCUCUCAGACGCACCAAUACCAUCCGGGAACACAGCACUGACAACCACGUCACGGUCUUCCGUACCAGGUCACGCGGCGUUGAUCCGAGCUGGUGUGAACGUGCCGCCUGGAAGUUGUAUACCGCUCUGUUCGAUGGCCCAAGCUCAGCUCAGUUUCCACGGACAUCGCGACGCAGUAACGUUCUUUGUGGCGGUGCCGGGAUCAACGACGCCACGGUCGCCGAGUACUCCUCCGGCCGGAGCGCCCGCCACGCCGCCCUCACCGACACCAGCGUCACCCGCCACGUCGCCGCCGCCUCCCCCACCACCGCCGAUGCUAGUCAUCUCAGGCGGGGAGGGAUACAUCGACUUUAGAAUAGAAGAGCAUGCCGAUGACGUUCGGGAUACAGCCUCCCACCUCAUUGUAUGGCAGAUUGUUUCCUGACCUCAUAGUAUUAUCAUUAGCUUGCUACGUGACAGACCGGAUACCGGUAUGGAGGAGAGCGUGGUGGUGGCAGAGGACGGCUCCAGCGGUCACAGUUCUCUGGACCGCGGCGCUCGCUCGCACUUGAUUGUGUGGCAAGUGGCGGCUGCCUAGCGCAAGCUGCAGGUCCGCCCGCGCAAACGCCCGCCCUCCGACUGCGACUAUGUGUACGUCUGCACCACAGCCAAACCGGCCGCCGUGGAAUAGACCACGCCCAUUACACGUCUCACUCGCACAUCUAUCCCUCUCACUCGCUCGUCAUAAGAUUUCGUUCGUAGAGUGUUCUGUAGUGGGAUAGCGGAGAGCGAACCGCCGUCAGCCGCGUGGCGGGCCUCGUCUCAUCGACUAUGGACGUUUUGUUAUGAUCAUAUUAAAAGUCAUACAUUUACUAAAACAUAUUUAUCCGAGUGCUGCUUCAGACUUCAGACCGAUCACACGUCGCUUCAUGACGCCGCUACGUGUAUAGUAUAGUGUAAUUAAUAUAGAUAGCUCAUCACACGACGACUAACGUUAAGCAAAAUCUCAUUUAGUUUUAAUGUACAAGUUGUAACCACCAAAUAUUCUUUUUAGAAUCUUUAUUAGUGUGUAGUUAUAGGUUAAUUGAAAGAGAUUUUAUGAUACUAAGUAAUUAUGACACAUCUCUUAUAUUAAUAUAUAAUACGUUUUAUUUCUGACUGAUAACUGUAUGGGCUGUGGUUGUCAUCUGCAUCACAAUUUAGUUAUAAGAUUAAGUGUUACUGAUUUGAGUGCGAUAUUAGUAUAUGAGGCACUUGGUCAGCGUUGUGUUUUAUAUAUUUAAUGUGAUUUUACUGAGAAAAGGCCGAAGAGGAGUGCAGCGUAGACUUGCGACAAUCGAUUAAUCAACAGAUCAAUCAUUUUCAGCAAGUUUGCUGAUAUAUAGAUAAUAUGAAGUUUAUGUUCAUGUCACAAGUCUGCUUAAUACAAACUCGUCUGUUUUCUCAAAGAAAUAUGGUGCAAAUUUUUUUUUGUUAGUAUUUAACAUAAAUUACUAGUAAGAUGGAUGCAUAAUAUUAAUUACCUAGUUUAGUUUCAUCUAGAUACAUGCUCAUUAUGUGAUUUUUAUUUAUUGUGUUUAUAUUUUUUUUUGUUGUUGUAGUCACGUGCUAUUUAUAAAUACAGAGUUUGCGUCGUGUGUUAUAAAUGUAUUGAUAGAGUCGAUUAAAGAUUGAACGGGAGUAAGUGAGUUAUGUUUAGGAAGUGUGGUAUGCUAACCACGUGACCUCACUUCCGCACUCCUAGUCAAAAAUAAACGACCUAGAUUAUAUACUAACAGAGCUUUCGUCGUUACGCUGAUAGUGUAAGUAUGCCGAGACUGUGUCGGUCAGUAUGGCUUGUCGCGAUGUAGCCAUAACCGGAGCGUUGUAGCCAGCUUACAACUGAACUACCCUCGCCUUGUUGGCUAGUUGUGCGAUUUACCGUGUUAACGGCCAAGUAUUGGAUUAUAUACACAGCAUAUUAUUAUUAAUAUUUUCUAUUGUCUCAUCUUUAGUAUUUACAUUUGAAUGCGGUAUGCGGUUAUUAAAAUAAUUAUUUUUUUGGUUUGUGUUUUUUUUUUUUAUUUAUUUGUACUAAUAUUAUGAAAUAAUAAAUCUUUGGAUAGCGGUCAGUCGAUUGUAACAUUUCCUGAUUUCUCUUAAUUUAAGGAGUUGUUGUAUUCCAUGAAUUCAUAGUUUUUAUUUCAUUCUUGUACCCGAUACACCAAUUGAACAUGUAUUCUAUAUGUAGAUAAAGAUUUUGCGAGAUACAUUAGUAUUUAAAAUUUCUUGUUUGUAUGCGAUUAAAUAAACUGCUAACAAUUA